GGAUGUUUUGGACAUUCGUCGUUUUGAUGAUCACAAUACAAUGUGGAUGGUGUAACAAAGUGUCACCAAAACCAGGUCUGAAAUUAUUCAGAGAGGAUUAUAAAAGUGUGGAAGAGACCUGUUUGACUGUUGGAUUUGUCAGGAACAACUGUAGGAAGGACAUUAGGACGAAUAAUCAGGUGGUUGCUUUUGAUGUCCGAUUAAAAGAUAUUAAAAGAAACCUUGCCACAAAAACCCGUGUUGUGUUUGAAACAAUUGAUCUAAACGAAGGACUUGGAUACAACGGCUCUACCGGAAUCUUCACGGCCCCUAGCGGCGGGAUCUACGUGUUUGACUGGACAACUGCUGCUUUUGGACGUCAAGCAGCCUUUACUUCACUCGUCGUGAAUGACGAGUAUAAAUCAUGGAACCAUUGUCGUGACGAGGAAUCCAAAAUUGUGCUUCCAUGUAGCAAAAUGACGAUUGUGAAGCUAAAGCAAGGAGACAAAGUUUGGAUCGGAGUUUUCACUCAAACAGCUUAUAUGUAUAGCAGAUAUACCUCAUUUUCUGGUUAUAAACUGUAAUCAAAUUAUACAGACUGAUCCUUUUAAAUAUAUUGAAUAAAAGUUAAUUUUAGAACUACUCAUUGUUUCGAAAUUU